CAUCAGCGCCAGUGCCCCAGUUUUCUGUCUUGUACCUUCCCCCAAGGGUACGCCAAGUUCUUGGCCUCAGCCAUAGAAUCCAAGUUGAGCCCAGCCACGCGGGGAAAUAUUCCGCUCAUAAUCUUGCAGCUCUGCACAUCCCUUGGCUUAUUUGCAGUAGACUUGGCCAAGCCAGACUCCGCCUCCCUACCUGUUAGUGCAUUAAAGUGACGUGUCCUAGCCCAAGUGAACAGUCUGGAGCAGGUUGGGACGGGCGGACAGCUUGCUCCCUGGGAGAUGGUCACCUUCUCCUGAGGCGGUGUCUGUGUCUUCAUGACCCAUGCCAGGUUGGACUGGUUAAGGAUGGCACUUGCUCCACUGCCAGGAUUCCGCUGCUUCCAUGGAUCCUGGCAUGCCUAAACCAAGAUUCAGUUGGGUUGACAACUGAUGAAGAUGAAGAUGAAGAUGUAACUAUAUAAACAGUCAAGUUGAUGUCCUCUUUUUUUUUUAAAGAAACAGUCCUUGGGUGGAUGUUGGACUUCUGCUAGAAGAUGAAAGUCUAGUUCCUAUAUCUUUGGGUGCACCAACAAUGAAGGCCAAGAGCAAAGGAACCAAGCAUCGGAAUGCAGUCAGUGAGGAUGUUUUGGGCCAAGAACCCACCCAGAGCAGAGACGAUCUUUUGAAAUGUUCUCGGCGCAAGGAAAAGAGGAACAAAGAGGGCCAAAAGGUCACCUCAAAGCUCCCUUGGAGUAGCAAGGAUAGGCGCUUGCGGAGGCUGGAAAGCAAUGAACGCGAACGCCAGCGCAUGCACAAACUCAACAAUGCCUUCCAAGCUUUGAGGGAAGUCAUCCCUCAUGUCAGAGCUGAGAACAAACUCUCCAAAAUUGAGACCCUCACUUUGGCCAAGAACUAUAUUAAGUCACUUACAACCACAAUUCUCAGGAUGUCCAAUGGACACCACCCGGUUGUUGAAGGCACGGGCACCGAAAGCAAGUCGAAACUGUAUGAACACUAUCAGCAGCAAUAUGAGGAAGGAGAUGAACCAGGAGAGCAGCUUCAGAAAUACUCCACCCAGAUUCAUAGCUUCAGGCAAGGCAGCUAAACCUGGCUAUACGUCACCAGUUGUCUUCUAGUACCGGAGAAAGCAGGUGGACGUCUGUGACUUUUCUCCAUAUUUUUGCAAACUGGAAGCCCAGUUUUGAACUUCUGCUCUGUUUUAUGAGAGGACCUGUACAUGAAUCCACCUUAGGAUCCCAAACGGAUAUCUCCAUAGGAUAUUCAAUGUGCCAGCCAGCAAGAUCUUCUGCUUAACAUGCCAUUAUUUUCUCUAUAUACUAUGUUUUCCAUUUUUUUUCCCAGCUGGUUCUCAAUGUUCCAUAGCUAUAAAAGAUACUCAGUCCAGAUUGGGCUCCUUGUUUGGAGGGUGGGUUUAUACUAACCUGAGAUUUUAUUUUUUAAAAAAGAUGUUUUGUAUGCUGACAUCUCCUUCUUAGUAAAAUUCCAGAUCAUUGUAGCCCCUUUCUGUUGGCACUCACUGUG